AUGGCCGGUCCAGUAUUCACGUCUGAAAUGGAACAGAAAUCUAUCAGGAGCCUUGUUGGUGUCACAUACGACAACCUGAACAAUGAUCAAGUGAGAGCCAUGUUUUCCCAAGCACAAGGAAUUGUUGUCGAUCUAAAGGUCAAAGAAGCUAUAAAAGAGUCAUUACGACUGUACAAACACGCCGUCCGAACGAGCGCAGUUCCACUGUCUUUCUCCGGGAGCAUCUCAACCACCGUUGUAGCGCCCAUGAUCGUGGGCGAGAUCUCCAAGAUCUUCAACUUCGACGGCAUCAGCGGCGAUAUUGCCUGGCGGUGUCUUGCGAACGUACUCGUCAGCAACGCUACUGCGAACAUCGUGCAAAUGUUUUCUCAGGCAAUAGGCGUCGCCGGAGCCGUCAUGGCAGAAACGGGAAUCGGAGCUGUACCAGGCCUCAUGUUUGUCACAGGCGCCGCAGCUGUCAACAUUGUAUCCACACCUCAAUUCAGCAGGGCGCUGCUCAUGUGCACCCUCGAUACCAUACUCAUCAUGGAUCACGCAUUUUGGCAAUGCGACGACGAGAAGAAAAAGAUUGAGAAGGAGCACAUUGACCAGUCCGCUCAAUGGUUCACGGAUGAUGGUCGCUCCAGCAAAGUGCAUGCGGACAUCAAGAAUCUCAUUAAGAUAUGGAACCCUUUCGACGCUUUUGACUAUACCGGACUCGAGACAGAGAUGAACGCUAUUGUCGAACGGUACCGCUACCGACCAACAGGUAAGCAUUGA